AAGACUACCUAGGUAUAAUUCGCGUCGAGUACAGGGCGCUAUAGGAGCAUCUUGUAGCGCUGCAAGAGCCAUACUUCAUUAGUUCGUACACACAAAAGUCACAUACUUCAAGCUGAGUCGCCUGUUCUGGCUAUCGGGUCAUUUGUACUUCUCUUCAAAAUCUGCCAGACAAUAGCCAGGAGGAAUAUACACAACCGAACCGACAUGGCGCCACCUUCAUACAGCUAUGUCAAAGUUGAACUACAAGAGGCGGGUCGAAUUGCCAUCAUCAAAUAUGACCGGCCCAAGUCGGGGAACUCUCUGCAUCCCAGGCUCUUAGCGGACAGUUUAUCUGCCCUGCGGUGGGCAGAUAGUCAGCCCGAAGUUCAAGUCAUUCUUCUGACGGGAGAAGGCAAGUUCUUCUGCACCGGUAUGGAAUUGACGGACACGAAGGCUCCUAUGUCGUUCGCUCUUGGCUCAGACUUCCAUCAGUUAACGAAGAUGUUCAUUUCUACCGAGAAGAUCCUGAUAGCCGCUGUCAAUGGCCCAGCCGCAGGCUAUGGCGUGAGCAGUCUCGCUCUCUUCGAUCUUGUAUAUUGCGUCCCUGACGCAUACUUCUUUACACCGUUUGUCAAGUGGGGAAUGACUACAGAGGGAGCAUCGAGCUUUACGUUUCCGCGGCUUAUGGGUCAUCAGAAAGCCUCAGCACUAUGUCUAGCUGGAGAACCCAUCUCAGCCGAGGAGGCAGAGAAGCUGCAUCUUGUCACAAAGAUUUUGCCCAAAGAAAGGUUUCUUGACAAUGUAAUUGAAAUCGCACGCCGGGUCGCGCAAUCUCCUUCUGGAGCACUUCGAACUACAAAGAUACUCUUGAAGCAACCCGUACUUCAACAGCUACUUGAUGCGAAUGAUCGCGAGUGUCAGGUUACUCAGCAAGAAAGAUUUGGUUCGGUGGAAUACAUGAAGGCAGUCCAGCAGUUCAAGGUUGAGCAGCAAGAGAAACGCAAAUUCAAGAAUAAACUGUAG